UGUCCGGGUGUGCUGAUCGUGCGGCGUCUGGUCGAGCUUGUCGCCGUCAUGGGUCUCGGCAAGAGUAAGGUGGACGACGCCACCGGGAUGACGGAGCGGGAGAAGCAGCUGGUGCUCACCUCGUGGCGCGCGUUCACCAAGGACCACCACGACUACGGCGUCCGGCUGUUCGAUGCGCUGUUCGUGGCGCACCCAGAAUACCUGAAGAUGUUCCACAAGUUCAAGGGCGACACCAUCGAGGAGGUCCGCAAGGACUCUAAGUUUAGGGAGCACGGUGUGACCAUAGGCAUGCAGCUGAACAACUUGAUCGAAUUCCUGGACCACCCGGACAACCUCAUUAUGUUGGUGAGGAGCAACGCCGAGUUCCACACCAAGAUCAAGGGCGUCAAGCCGAAGCACUUCGAGGUCUUCGGCCAAGUCAUCAUCGACGUCCUCAAGACCGAACACGAGAAGCUGAUGCCGCCAGAGGCCGUGAAGGCUUGGAAUAAGCUCUUUGCCUUGAUGAACGAGACCAUCGCUGCCACUUUCGCGGCCGGACCGAGGAGCUCGAGUAGGAUUUACUCUGCGACGAGUGCCCGAAAGGAGUGGGUUCUGGCAAAACCCUCCGGUUCCGUAUCUCGUACGGACGGUGGUGGCGGGCACGUCGCCAAGGCGUCAAAGAGCAAGACCGAGAGAGAACGGUCGCCCAAGAGCCUCGCCUCGCCCAGCAAGCACCAUCUCGAGAAGGAAGAGAGUACGAAGGUCCUCAGCAAAGAGAACAGUCCCAAGGGGGCCAAGACAGAAGAAAGCGCGACAACCGAAAAGAAAGAGCAAAGUUCGAAAGCCCUCAAGAGAGGACAGAGUUCCGUCAAGAAAGAACAGAGUGUCCUCAAGAAGGCACAGAGUUCAAAAAUGCAUUUGCAGAAGAAAUAGCAAUCAAAAUGACCGUGAAAAGCUGGUGUUCCAGGACGUUUGACGUUCUCGCGCGUGUGCGUGAGCCACUGUACGCAUGUCCACGUGGAGUUGGGGACGCGUAGAUGGUCCUGUCAGAGAUAAUGCGACAAGAUACGGAGAACACGUAAAACGGAUAAAAAAAUAGGGCUUACGCGUCCCAAUAGGCCUCGUACUGCGAUGUAACCGACGUAUUCCGCUUGUCAUUGCGACUGAAUAACUGCCCGCGUUUUUAGCUCAUUUAUAUUUAAAUGUCUUUUUUUUAAUGUCUGAAUGUCUCAAGCUUUUUAAAUUUCUGCAUGCGCGAAGUAGAGACACGCUGCAUAACGGUAAUAGAAAUUUCAAUAUUAGGCGUGCCGGUCCUGCUGCAGUAAUCUUUCUUUACCACGUAAGCACUAUGUUUACUUUC